GCACUUCCUUACUAGGUUUGGACCGAGAGACAAAGAACAUAUGCACGUAGUAGGAGGGUAAACCAAAGAGGAAAAGAAAGGCAAAGACCAGGAAAGAGACAAGUCUGUCCAGAACCUUGCGUUGGCAGGUGUAGAACUGAGGAAGCGUAAGAACAGAAACUACCGUCAGACCUCUAGUACCAUUGGCCAUAUGAUUACCACAAGAAGGCUACCUUCAGAUAAACCUGUUCAUAUUUCCCUGAGCCUAGAUGACCUUACAGAGCUGAAUAUCCCUGAUGAUUUCAUUCCCAACGUUUACCUCCAACUUGAUCAGCAUCUCCAGCCUCUGCAGCCAUGCCUCAACUCCAAAGAGUCAAUGCUGGUGUUUCAGAAGCACUGCAGGAUAGCUGAAGAGUACCACAAAGUGCAGAAAGAAAUUGCACUGCUACAAGAACGGAAGAAACAACUGAUUGCAGAGCUCGAUCAAGAUGAAAAGGAUCAACUGAAUGCCACUCUUCUAACUCAGGAAUAUCAGCAGCUCUCUGACGAGAACCACUCUCUCACUUCCUACCACUUACAGUGCAGAGAACAUCUAGAGAAACUUCAGGUGUUACUGCAGCAGCAACAAGGAUCUUCCUGAUUCCUGGAAAAUGGUGGUGAUGUUAUAACAAACAAAAUGCUAAAAUAGCUGUGGUAUCUUCUUUACAGAUUCAGAGAAUCAAUUGGAAGAGUUUGUAAAAGGAGAAAAGAAGCCAUUUUGGUAGUUCAUGAUUUUUCUGGAAGCUGAUUUGCAGCACUGCUGUUGUUUUUCCACAUGAGCUUUUAUGUGUAUACAGUAUAUAGCAAAAUUAAAUUUGCUGAUAUCAAAGAAUACAACAUGGAAAGGGUUAAAAUCCCUAGAUGUUGUAAACAAAUAUCAAUUCUAUCAUUGUUCUUUAUUAAAGUAAGUUGAAACAUGCAAGAAUUAUUAAUGAAAUUGUAUAAUGAUCAAAUUAAUGCUGAUAAAGAAUGUAUCAUAACAGAUUAUUCUGUACUUAUAAUUAUUUGAAAAACCAAUUGUAGUCUAUAAAAAUUGCAAUUUCUUUUUAAGUCUACAGUGCAUGCAUGCGAUAAAGAUGUGAAAGAUGUUUGCUCCAGGCUGUCAGUCAAAAUUUGAAAAUCAUGAGGAUGUUCUGAGAUUUGUCUCUUUUUAAUUUUAGUCCAUUGCAAAUUAAUACAAAUCUGCACUCACAGAAUGGGUUAAUCGUGCUGGGUUUUUAUACAAUGUGCACCAUAAGUUUCUGUAUUUUCUUUUUGGUCAACCAGGAAUACACAAAGCACAAGUGCAAGUGGACAUUUUAUUCAAGUUAUUAUCUUAUGAUUUUUAUAUAUGUUAUAUAAUUCAAUGUUUUAAAAUAAUUUUACUUUAGUUCUUUGAGGAUACUUGUGGCAGUUUUACACCAUUUUUUACAAGGUGCAAUUAUAUUUAGCCAGUUAUCUGAGUAAUACAUUGAAAUGUUGAGUAUUUCCAGUUUUUUCACUGCAUACUAAUUCUUUCAGUGGUCAAUAUAUCAAACUCUUCCUUAUCAAUUGUUUUGAAAUGGUAAAUGCAUACUGUGAAAUCUGCAGAAGACAUUAAGUACUCAAAUAAGAAAACUCAAAGCUGGUCUCUUGUGGUUACUGUUUCAUUUGAAAUAGUUGUACAACUAUCUAUAAUUUUAAUAAAACUUGGGUGACAUG